CGCGAGAGGAGCAACACAUCUCCGCCUCUCGCAUUCAUGGACGGAACAAAGAAACAGUCAGUGGAAGAGUUUGGCGAGCUCUCGGGGAAAGACUCGGAGGAAAUCACGUUAAAAUGGUCUAUACACAAGCUCUCGUGUUCGGGAACGGGAUGACCGUCAGGAGCGAACAGGAAAAGCUAGCGGAGGACCUGAGCUUUCUACAGCACUUCAGAUCCGACAGAGACAAACUCAAACACUGCGGCAGACUCAUGAAAGCACAGAGCUCAUCAAGUCUGGGAUCCGAGUGCAGUUUGGAAGAGGAAGGAGAAGAUGAUGUGUGUCUUCAACUCGGCCUAUCCAAACGCAUUGAGAAGUGCCUCUAUGAGGCCAAAGGAGCCAGUCUGAGCUGUCAGGAGCUGCGUCUGCCCCGGCGCAUGACCACACGUGUGGCCGGAGACAUUCUGCACUCAUCCACGGAUGAGCCGUGUGGGAUACGAGGUGCACUGAUCCACAUGUUCAUGGAAAGCAAAGGCACACUUCUGAAGCUGGGCACCAUCAUUCCCGAUCAGAGUCUCACACCGACCUUCGAGGUCUCGGUGGUCCUGCAGCCUGAUCUGGGCGGAUGGCCUCCGCUGAAGAUCCUGUUCGGAGGCGGGAAGGUCUUGAGCCUCAGACGGGAAUAUCGGCUGAUCAAACAGAAACUCUACUCGUCCGCCACUCCUACUGUACUUGACUUUUAUUAAAAGUGUGGUAUUAAGAGUAAAAAGGAGGAGAAAAUAAUGCCUGAGGACGUCUCAGAGGAAGAGGACAAGUUUAGGAAAAGUUCACUUUGCACAUCAUUUCUGUUACAUAAGUGUAUUUCAGAGUUUACUGAAAGGUGUUUAAAAAUGUAGAUAAUAACGUUCAGUUCAAUGUCAGAAGUUGAUAUUGUGCAACUGACAUUUCUAACACAUUAUGAACAGCUAUGUU